GUACUGGUGAAUAUUCUUAGCGAUUUUUUCUUGAAAUCAUAUUAAAUAUUCAACUGAGAACUGGUUUAUCAAGAAAAGAGAGUUAACAAGAAGACGGUGUAAGGCAUAAUUCGAAUAUUUCUUAUUAAGCUGCCUGUUUGCCUGGCUCUGAGCUAGGGGUCUGCCAUAUUAGCCUUGAGGUUGGCAAUUCAAAUCCAGUCUUUAUACAAGUUUGCCAGAGCAAGUUGAAGUGCGAUGGUGAUGUUGAAUAUUAAACUCAAAUCACGAAGUACUGAAUGUCGUAAUCAAAUCUGUUAAUGUAUUUUCGCAUCAUCAAUAUGCGUGCUUUCUUGGUUUUCGCUCUCAUUGCCGUUUCUUCGGUGUAUUGCGCUCCUCAAUCUCCUCCAAGCGGCAGUUUAACCGAUCUAAUAGAUUCGGUUUUUGGUAACAACAAAAACGGCCCAGGACCUGCACCAGGACCAGCACCAGGAUCAGGACCAGCACCGGGGCCGGGACCUGCACCUGGUUCUGGUCCAGAUACUUUCCCACAAGUUUCUGGCUGUCCAGCAGGAUCAGAAUGUGUCGCUCACUAUCUUUGCAAGGGUAGCAACGUCAUCAGAGAUGGUGUUGGCAUCAUUGAUAUCCGUUUCGAUGGUGAAACUCCACAGCAGUGCGCUAACUAUUUGGAAGAGUGCUGUCAAGUAACUCAAACGACAACUGAUCCCAUCAUUCAUCCCAUACCAACACCAGAUGGUUGCGGUUACAGAAAUGUUGAUGGAGUUGGCUUCAAGAUUACUGGUGAUAAGGAUAACGAGACCCAGUACGGAGAGUUUCCAUGGAUGGUUGCUAUUUUGAAGGAAGAAAAAGCUGCUGAUCAGACUUUAAAUAUUUACCAGUGUGGCGGGUCACUAAUCCACCCUAACGUUGUGCUGACUGCUGCUCAUUGUGUAUUUGGCAAACCUGCUGAUAUCCUUAAAAUCCGAGCUGGCGAAUGGGACACUCAGACCAAAAAUGAAUUGUUCCCUCAUCAAGACAGAGGUGUAGCUGAAGUUAUUACCCACGAACAUUACAACAAGGGAGCGUUGUUCAACGAUAUCGCCUUGCUUAUCCUGAAGAGCCCAGUGGAACUUGCUGAGAACGUCAAAACUGUCUGCUUGCCACCUGCAAAUACCAAUUUUGAUUUGUCACGAUGCAUCGCCACCGGGUGGGGUAAGGACGUUUUUGGUCAAGUUGGCAAGUAUCAAGUAAUUUUGAAGAAGAUCGAUUUGCCGGUUGUGCCAAGGGACCAAUGUCAGGCUUCUCUGCGUAACACUCGUUUGGGCAAACACUUCGAAUUGCAUCGUUCCUUCUUGUGCGCUGGUGGAGAAUUGGGUAAGGAUACCUGCAAAGGAGACGGUGGUUCACCUUUAGUUUGUCCAAUUCCUGGUAAACGUGAACAAUAUUAUCAAGCUGGUAUCGUUGCAUGGGGUAUCGGGUGUGGUGAUGAGAUUCCUGGAGUAUAUGCCAGCAUUCCAGAAUUGAGAAGUUGGUUAGAUGAACAGCUGGCGUAUCAGAGAGUUGACAAUAAAUUCUAUACUGCUCAUGGUUACUAUAUUCCAAGAUUAUAUUUGAUAGCAACCUAUCGCAGUGACGACUCCAGAGCUUUGAUAAUCUCAAUGGUCCAUUCGCGAAGUUUAUUCUGUCGAGCGUCGUCGUUAUCACUGAAGAUUCUCGAUAUGAUCAGAACAUUCAUUUUCCUUCUAUUCUGCAUAACUACUGCUAUUCAGACGAUUGUCUUCCCAGAUUCGAGAGAAUAUUUUCCCAAAGUAACCAAUGAAACAUGUGAGGAAUGUGAGCCAUGUAAAGAUAAAGAUGGCAUGAGUGCGUGCCCUCUUUUCUGUGAAGUAUGUAACCACACUGUUGAAGCGUCCACUGAAGCAAUCCCAACGGCAUGUCCGUGUGGUCACAGAAACAAGGAUGACUUCCACAGCAAGUGUCCUAGCGCGGAACCUGGCAAGGCGCAAUAUGCUGAGUUUCCUUGGAUGGUUGCAAUCAUGGAAUCUAACAACAAUAAGACCGGGUCUUACGUAUGUGGUGGAUCGCUGAUCAACCCUAAAGUCAUUCUGACAGCGGCUCAUUGCAUUUUUGGUUAACCUGCUGACAGCUUGAUGGUUCGUCUUGGCGAAUGGGACAUGAGAUCUUCACGGGAGCCGUUUUUACCUGAGGAAGUUCAUGUGCAAGAAGUUGUAACACAUGAGCGUUUCGAGAGAAAACGUUUACUCAACGACAUUGGACUCCUGCUUCUAACCAAAGAAGUUACCCUGAAUGACCAAGUCAAUACCGUUUGUUUGCCUCCAGCAAAUCUUGCGCUUAACUUGUCAGAUUGCACUGCUACCGGCUGGGGUAAACAUGCCUACGGGGAAGCUGUAACAUAUCCUUCCGUUUUGAAAAAAAUAAAUUUGCCGGUGAUUCCAAAGGAUCAAUGUGAAACUUCGUUACGCUCGCACUUGACUGAAUAUUUCAAAUUGCACAGUUCAUUUAUUUGUGCUGGAGGUGGCGCAGGUAUGGACACCUGUACAGGUGACGGAGGAUCUCCAUUAGUUUGCCCGGCCGUCGGAAGUGCAGACCAAUUCUAUCAGGUUGGAAUUACGUCUUGGGGCAUUAAAUGUGAAUCUGGAUAUCCAGGAGUGUACGCCCACGUGGCUAAGUUUCGCAGUUGGAUAGAUGAGAAAUUCGCGGAAAGGGAAAUCGAAUUUUGUCCUUUGCUAUAUAAAUAAUGGAGUAAUGUAGAGUGAAGUUGG